AUGUCUCAAUCUAGAGACGAUUAUCCAUACUGCCCAUCACCUGAAGACCCUGACGCAAUGGCGGCACAAUUGCUAGCGCAAUUGCAGAGCGCUUCCUCUCGCACGACUCCCAUCCUCACUCCUAAGGGCUCCGAAAAUGCCCUUCAACCAGUGGAAGAGUUCACUGGAAACUCAAAAGGAUCCACAAGGACCUUUGAAAUCAUCGCCCCAGCGGUUAACAACCCCGAGGACUAUGAGUAUUUGCCCGGUCAUUUCGAAGUUCACCGCAUUCUUGCGGUCGAUAUGGAUGAGCCAAAGCUCAUUGUGAGACUCAAAAGUGGUGAACGUCAAACUAUGACCAUCAAGAAAUUGAAAAGCCUCAAGAACGGACGGGAGGCUUUGCGUGAAUUCAACCGUGACUCACAGAGUCCUGAUCCCCUGGCAAUGGACCAAGCACCUCGUUCACGUCUCAUUUACUCGGGUGGAGAUGGUCCUGCAGACUAUGAUUCAGAGUUGGACUGGGGAGUUGCACGAAGGCGCCAACGGCGUGGCCCGGUGAUCUCAUAUGAUCAUUUCUUCCGCAAUGGCGAGGAAGAUGACGAUGGCGAUGAUGACCACCAAACCCGCCGUGAAGAUAGCACUAGUACUAGCGAGGAGAUCGAAUACUCAGAAGAAUCCAGCGAUGAUGAUGCUCCAACCAAACGCCGCCACCUGAGAAGAGGUGUACGAAAGGGCCGAAAGCAACGCAGUCGCGAAUGGUCUGAACAGACCUCCGCCUCCGAUACAGGCAAACGAACAUCAUCCCGUCUGCGACAAACUCGUCGACGCAACAUGAAAGAGCGCCUUGAAGACGACGAAUAUUCUGAGCGCGAAAUUGAGCAGCCGAAGCAGAAGUUCUCAGGUGCGCGGGAGCAGUUCCGUGAACUACCGCUGGACAAUGAGUUCAGACAGUGCCACUCCCAGUUAUGUGCCCAAUGCGGCCAUGAAGAUCAUGACCCCGAAAAGGGGGCUUUGGUUUUCUGCCAGGGUUGUACUUUGUCAUAUCACCAAGGUUGUCUUGGCGAUCGAAGCAGCCGGAAGCACUUGGUCACUAAGGUUGAUGAAGGUGACUUCAUUCUUCAAUGCAGUCGUUGCUUAGGGAUCAAGCACCAAGAACAUGACGUAAAGCCUCAUUUGGGCCAUUGUGCCGUGUGCAGAGACGAAGGACCCAUGUCGCAGCCUUUGCGGGAGACUCUUUCCUCGCAGACUGAGCAACAAUUGCGGGAAGCCAAUAAUGGCAUAGAUCCGAUUACCCAUGUGGAUAUGUCUCGUAUCAACAAUGUCGACAAUGUCCUCAUCAGAUGCCUUGGCGGCACUCACAGCUGCAAGCGAGCUUUCCAUCUCGAGCAUCUACCAAACGUGGCAGAGAAGGAUCGUCCGGACAUUGAUCCUGCUAACUGGCAAUGCGAUGUCUGUUCUGAAUCUCCCCAAGGGGCCAAUCCAAUAAACGUGAUCGUUGCUUGGAGGCCAAAAAAGCCCGAGGUUAAUGUUGUCCCGCGGUUGGUCGAAAUGAUCCCGGAGAUCGACAAAGAAUAUCUUAUCAAGUGGAACAAGAUGUCCUACUUCCGUGUCAACUGGUUGACUGGAGACUGGGUCUGGUCCAAGGUCCCAGCUAGCCAGAUGAAAGCGUUUCUCAGGUCAGAUCGAUCGACUAAACCCAUCAUGACAACAGCCGAGGCUGUACCCGAAGACAAUCUGCGAGUGGACAUUAUCUUUGAUGUGGAAUAUCACGUCGAGCCUGAAUCCCAAGAAGAUCGAGCAAACGCCGGGAUGGUUAAGCGGGCAUAUGUCAAGUACAAAGGGUUGACUUAUGAAGACUCAGUCUGGGAAGAACCCCCCAGUCCGACCGACACAGCCCGUUGGGAAGACUUCCAAGCUGCUCUUACGGACAGGGUGCUCCGAGAGGAUAUCCAACCCCCGAAGCCGAAAGAGCUUCAGAGACGCCUCAACGACGCCCGCAGAGAGGAUUUUGACCAGAGCCUUAUGAUGACUGCUCAACCUGCGUUGGUGACCGGUGGUCAGCUCAUGGAGUAUCAGCUGGAUGGUGUGAACUGGCUGCUUUACAUGUUCUUCACACAGAAGAACGCUAUUCUUGCUGACGAUAUGGGCCUUGGAAAGACAAUCCAGGUCCUGACGCUGUUCUCCGCAUUGAUCGAACAGCUCAACUGUUUCCCAUUCUUGGUCGUUGUUCCAAAUGCGACUGUGCCAAAUUGGCGCCGAGAGAUCAAGAGCUGGUCGCCGGACGUUCGCGUUGUCACGUAUUAUGGCAGUGCUUCCGCUCGCGAGAUGACCAGGGAGUACGAGAUGUUCCACAAGAAUGGUACUCUAUGUUGUCAUGUGGUCAUUGCUUCGUACGAGAGCAUGGCCGACGAUGGGGCUAAGCGAGUUUUGUCCAGUGUCAAUUGGGCCGGCUUGGUAGUUGAUGAAGGCCAGCGCCUCAAGAAUGACAAGACCCAGCUCUAUGAGCGCCUUCGUCGCAUGAAAUUCGGUUUCAAGUUGCUUCUCACUGGCACACCGCUUCAGAACAACAUCAGAGAGUUGUUCAAUCUGGUUCAGUUCAUCGACCCGACCUACAAUGCCGAGAAGUUGGAGGCCCAAUACGGAGGAGCCCUCGACAAGGAAGACAUUCGCGAGCUUCACGACAUGAUUCGGCCGUUCCUCCUGCGUCGAACCAAGACAGAGAAAAAACUGUACAAAUCAAUCCUGCGCAGGAGCCCGCAGCUUAUCAAGGCUAUUUGCAAGAAACAAACCGGGCCGUUGAAGAAAUCCGAGCGGCACAAUCUGAACAACAUCCUCAUUCAGCUGCGCAAGUGUCUUUGCCACCCGUUCAUCUACAACCGGGACAUUGAAGAACAAACUCUAGACACCCAACUUUCCCAUCAGCGGUUGGUCGAAGCAUCCGGGAAACUUCAGUUGCUGAAUUUGAUGCUGCCUCAACUUCGAGAGCGUGGACACCGCGUCCUCAUCUUCAGCCAAUUCUUAGAGAACCUUGACAUUGUUGAAGACUUCCUCACUGGACUGGGACUCCAGUACUGUCGCCUGGAUGGACGUUUGUCCUCGAGAGAAAAGCAGCAGCAAAUCGACCAGUUCAACGAGCCGGAUUCCCCUUUCUUUGCCUUCUUGCUUUCGACACGGUCGGGUGGUGUGGGAAUCAACCUCGCCACUGCCGAUACAGUGAUCAUCAUGGAUCCUGAUUUCAACCCCAAGCAAGACAUGCAGGCUUUGUCCCGUGCCCAUCGAAUCGGGCAGAAGAACACGGUUCUUGUUUUCCACCUGGUAGUGCGCGCGUCAGUGGAAGAAAAAAUCAUGCAGAAAGGUAAAACAAAGAUGGCCCUCGAUCACGUACUUAUCGAUCGCAUCGAAGCCGACGAAGAUGAAGAAGACCUGGAGUCAAUCCUCAAGCAUGGUGCCCAGGCUCUUUUUGAUGAUGAUAACUCGGCAGAUAUUACCUAUGAUAACCCCUCCAUUGACAAGCUGUUGGACCGUAGCCAGGCUGAGCAGGCCGAGCAAGUGGCCAACGAGGGAAGUUCGAAUCAGAAUGACCAGGCGCAGUUCAAUUUCGCCCGGGUGUGGCAAAAGGAUCAAGGUAGCCUUGAAGAAGUGACUGAGACUGAGGACGCCCCUGUGGACAUCACGGCGUGGGAGAAGAUUUUGCAAGAGCGUGAGCGUGAAGCGCUCGAGGAGGCUAGCCGACAAGCCGAGGGUCUUGGGCGCGGUAAGAGAAAGCGCGGUGCGCCCCGCUACAAUACCAUCAUUGAAGGGGUCGACGACGAAGAGAACCCCAGUCCCCCACAGAAGCCGCCUACCAAGAUGCGAAAGGGCACCGCCGAUGACAACGAUUACCAGGAGCCCGACGACGAUGGCGAUGAGACUGAGUCUGACCUUGGAGGUGACCCAAUGGUCACUGCAUAUGAUGGAAUUGAAGGAAUGGGCACUGAGAUUGGUGGUGAGGUGGCUGAACCUGGAGCUGGUCAAAGUGGAUCUGUAGAGGAAGUCGCUGUUGAUCAUGUUGUGAAUGCUGAACAGCGAGCCCGCGCGUUCCGUCGUGUUGAAUCUCCACCCCCGGUGGCACAGAUAGGGACCGAUGGCAUCCAAAAUACUUCCCCGCCUUGUGUGGCAUGCCAACAACGGCACAUCCCUGGGUAUUGUCCACUCCGCCACGCCGGCGUCGAGUUCUGCGGUCUAUGUGGCCUGGCGCACUUGGGAGGCCGCCGUGCCUGCCCUCACUUGCAGUCAAGUAUACAGGUCACCCGUAUGCUGGAGGCACUGGAGAAGAGUACGGAGGCCCCAUCCCUCGUGUAUGGGGCAAAGAAAUACCUUCAAGGUAUUCUCAGAUCGGUUGGGCGGACCACUCGGGAUGAGCGGAAGAAGGCUUUGCUUUCCGCUCAGCAAAAGCCUCAGAUUCCGCUCACCUCGUCCUCAGUGGGCGAGGACCGCACCAAUGCCAUUGAUUUGACGGAGGCAAGUGGUGAGUCCUAA